CCACGACUGAUGGCCCCUCUCCGGAGCUAGACGGCGAUCCGCUGGUCAGCCAGUGACCAGGGUCACGCUGGCGCCCCCCAGCCCCGGGUCUUGGCUCUGCCCAGAAGGUCCUGUGGCCCUGCGAGCCAUGGAGGCUGCAUCAGUGCUGAGCCCCUCAUCCUGGGAGAAGCGCAGAGCGUGGGUCCGGCAGAGCCGGUGCUGGCGUACCACUGUGCUGGAGGAAGAGGCAGCGGUGGCCGUGCAGGAUGUGUCUGGGCUGCAGCCACCGCAUCUAGACGAUGUCUUCCUCGAAGGAAGCUCCUCCAGCAAGAUUGAGACCUGGCUGCAGGAUUGUGGGGCGUCCAUGGAGGUCCUGCCUGAGGAGCCUGGCCUGCCUGCCCCCUAUGGAUGCAGCAGUAACGGGACCAGCUUUGAGGACGACUUGACACUGGGAGCGGAAGCUCUGUUGUUACCUAGGAAUGACAAAGCCGCAGGCAGCAGGACCCUGCUGGAGAAGCCCUGGCCAGGCCGGUACCUCCACCUCGGGCACAGCAUGGCAUCCAGUGCCAUCUCCGGUGGCACCAACAAAACCACCUCCAGUGUCUCUGAGAUCCUGGAGCGGUGGCAGGAGGAUGCUGAGGAGAUUCUCUACAACUUGGGCUUCGUCCAGGACGAGCCUCAGGCCACAGCCCGGAUCCCGGCCCGGUUCUUCUCAGCUCCUUCCCAAGCCAAAGGCAUCGAUUUCCAGCUCUUCCUGAAGGCCCAGGUGCAGCGCCUGGAGAUGGAAGAUCCCUGCCUGACCCUGGCCAGUCGGUUCCAGCAGGUGCAGGCACUGACUGCGACGGCGGAUGCUUUCUUCUGCCUCUAUUCCUAUGUCUCCAAGACCCCCCUGCAGAAGAUUUCGCCAGCCCAGGUUUUCUGGGCCUGCCCAGAAAUCCCCAACUUCUGGGUCGUGCCCGCGAAGGCUGAGGCUGCAUCUCCUGUGGACCGUCUGAAGAAAGCCAUCUCCAAGAUGUGCCUGUACACCUCGCCCAGAGCCGGGUCCCCGCGGAGAGCUAGCAGGGUACCCAGCUCCCGGAGGAGCAGCCUGGGCAGGGUGGUACAGGAGGUGCUGGAGAGGGUGAAGGAGGAGCGGUUCCGAUUUGACCAAACAGAUAUAGAGGACAUGGAAGGGGCAACCCGUGAGAUGCCCACGGGGACAUUCCAGUGCCAGCAUAGAGUGGAGCGCUCCAUCCAAGAGCCACCAUCACCGGAGCUGGCAAAGAAUGUUUCAGAGCAUCUCUGCCAUGGAGGUGAGGCAGCCCCCACUUCUCCAGGAGGGAAAGGAGAGCUCCACGCAGUGCCAGCCCCAGCAAGGCUGCAAUGGGCCCCACAGGGGCUACCUGCUGGCAUAGUCGGGGCAUGUGCAGAGGGGGCGGGUAGUCCAGGCUACCAGGAGAAGAAAGGCCCUGGAGAAGCCCCUAUGGAGAUGGCUCCUACCAAAUGGGAGGUCUCCGUGGACGCAUCCUGCCCUUCAGGGGGAGCAGGAUCUGAUGAGAAGGGUUCCUAUGCUGGAAGCACGGCUGCACCAUGGGCUUGUCUCAUCCCCUCUCCUGGGACACACUACACGGCCACCAAAGCCAUGGGCACUGUCGGGACAACGUGGUUCCAUCCGGAGCCCAGAGAGGGGCUCAGAAGUGAGGCUGGGUUCGCCUUAGACUUGUCCAGGGCCCUGAGCAGUGAUGAUGCAGGCUCCUGCAUAGCCCAGCUGCCCCACCCAGGGGGGCCUCCAGGGAAGGAUGGGCUGGAGGCCUACAGAGGAGCUCUCAUGUGCCCAGAGGAGCUGAGGGCUGAAGGCGAAGGACACUCACAGCACAGAGGGAGCUCCCACAUGUGUGGCUCCCGGGACGUGGCACAUCCCCAGGGGCAGGACACCAAAGUCCCGGGGCCAGCGUUGCUCUCCCUGGAGGAGGUUCCUGCUUUGUGGGUAGCAGGCGGGGGCUCCAUGCUCCAUGGGCCCUGCUGGGCACCGACGCUGCCCCUCCAGGAGGAUGAUUCUUUUGAACUGGAAGAGGUGCAAAGCACCAGUGAGGAUGAGGGUGGCACCCCCGAGGCAGCAGCCUGGCUGCCCGCACCCACCUUGGCGAGACACCGGAGGCGUUUCAUGCUCCAUGCCCACAGCGCGCAUUCUGACAGCAGCGGUUUUGUGGAGGAGCCGGCGCCCAACUCAACGCUCACCACCCAGCUUCCUGACACAGCCUGCUCCGAGCUCGACAGGCCAGUGGGGGGCCCAUGCGGCACAGGGCAGGCGGUGUAGGUCAGGACUCCCUGGCUGAGAGAACUCAUCUGAGCAGGAGGAAGAUGUCUGCUGUCUCCAGGCCACACACUUCUUCCACAUAGCCUGUCCCAAGCCCCUUCAUGAGCGAUGACAGGGUCCGGGCACGAUCCCUGGGGCAGCGGGAUCACAGCUUCCUGGGCCUGGGAACAGCAGAAUUGUACCUCAAAUCCAGACAGCACCAAGCAGCCAGGGCAACCCACGACCUUGGACAUGGAGCAGAGGCACCCACCCGGGAUCCAGGCCAACUCAUGGCAUGGAGCAGGGGGCACCCACCAGGAAUCUAGGAUGACCAAGGGUGCAGAGUGGGAGGGGCAUCCACUCACCAGGGUGAACCUGGGGGCAGGUGGACAGCCACCUGCCAGGCAGCCAUAGUGACCUA